AUGAUCAAGCUGCUCCUGGUCAGUAUGCUGAUGGUCCCCUGUGUUGGGGGCCAUGCUCUGGACACUCCAAAUCCUCAGGAAUUGCCUCCAGGACUGUCAAAAAAUAUCAAUAUUACAUUCUUCAAUGGGGUGUUUCAAAAUGUAGAAAGUGUCACUGAAAUUUUUGAGUGCCUAGGCCCCCACUUCACCUGGCUGCAGGCUGUCUUCACCAACUUUCCUCUGCUGCUGCAGUUUGUGAACAGUAUGAGGUGUGUGACUGGCCUCUGCCCCCGGGACUUUGAAGACUAUGGCUGUGCCUGCAGGUUUGAGAUGGAAGGGCUACCUGUGGAUGAGUCUGACAGGUGCUGCUUCCAGCAUCGUAGGUGCUAUGAGGAGGCUGUUGAGAUGGACUGUCUCCAGGACCCUGCCAAGCUCAGUGCAGAUGUGGAUUGCAUCAACAAACAGAUCACAUGUGAAUCUGAGGAUCCUUGUGAGCGCCUACUGUGUACCUGUGACAAGGUCGCUGUUGAGUGCUUGGCUCAGUCUGGCAUCAACUCUUCCCUGAAUUUUCUGGAUGCUUCCUUCUGCCUGGCUCAAACUCCAGAGACCACUAGCAGCAAAGCCCCAGUGACUGAGCUACCUAGAGGGGUUCCUGAAAAGCCCACAGACACCAGUCAGUUAGCCCUCUCAGGAGAAGUGGCUGGUGAGAUGAGAGCAGACAGACUGACAACACUCUCCAGGACAAACUCUGUCGGAGAUCUUCAAGGUGUGGAAGCUGCUAGGACCAUAUCAACUCCAGGAUCUGCAGAGAUUGUUGCCAUUGCUGAAGGUGCAACCCGUGUCCCUGCUGGCAUUAAAACAUUGAGGUUGGAAGUAUCAUCCGUUGACAAUGGUUCUCAGGAGACAAAUGGAAAAGCCUGUGACAGAUUGGCCUUCCUACAUCUGGGUGAUGGAGAGAGCAGGCAGGCCCUGCUGCAGCUUGGAGAGAUGCUCUUCUGUCUAACAUCCCAGUGCCCAGAGGAAUUUGAAUCUUAUGGCUGCUACUGUGGAAGAGAAGGAAGAGGCGAGCCAAGGGAUACCCUGGACAGGUGCUGUUUGUCCCAUCACUGCUGUUUGGAGCAGGUGAGACCACUGGGCUGCCUGCAUGGGAGUCGUUCUCGGUCAUCUGUGGUAUGUGAGGAUCACACACCCAAGUGUGUGGGGCAGAGCCUAUGUGAGAAGCUCCUAUGUGCCUGUGACCAAAUGGCAGCCGAGUGCAUGGCCUCCGCCUCCUUUAAUCAAAGCCUGAAGUUGCCAGACCUACGAGAGUGCCAGGGCAAGCCUGUAUCCUGUGAGGAUGGCAUGCUUGGGGGCAACCUGGCCUCUUCUGCAGGCUCCAGUUCUGAGGAGAAUAGUGAGGAGGCCACACCCUAG